UCAUUCAUCUCAGACGCCUUUUGUGUUCUUUGACUCUCUCUGUACUUACGCGGACACCACCUUCUUCUUCCUCUUUCAAUUUUCUCUCUCUAACUCCAUUUUACUUUCUCUCUCUUCUCUCUCUCACACAAUUCUUCCGUUUUUAUCCAAAUUUUCACACUUCCGGCGCCGGAACCGCUUCACUAGCGGCGCCACCUUUCUCCGGCCACUGGAAAACGGCCGGAAGAGUUUUGUUUUCCAGUUGAAAAUACAGAAUCACUGCAAUUAUUGUUUGACUUAGACGACUUUAGUUUGACUUGAAGCAUUGACCGGACGUCGGCGAGUUUUGGUGGUGAGAAGCGGUAGGUAGUGGAGCUGUUCAGAUCUGUGAGGAUUUAUUCCUAGGGUUUGAUUCUUAGUGAAUGUUGAAAAGUUUUUGAGGUUAGGGUGUUUUGGAAGAUUUUGAAGUGUGGAUGGUAGUGUACGGACGGCGUUGCGCGGUGGUCGUCGUCGUCGCCGGAGUUGGAGGAGGAGUUGAUGAUGAGCGGAGGUGUUGAGAGUAGAAGGUGGCGGAGGUGGCGGUGGUGUGAAAUUGGUUGCUCUUUCACAUGGAAUGGCAGAUCUUGUUAGCUAUGGUGAUGCCGACCGUGAUAUUGAGCAGGCACUAAUUGCUUUAAAGAAAGGAGCUCAACUGUUGAAAUAUGGACGCAAAGGGAAGCCCAAGUUCUAUCCAUUUAGACUUUCUAAUGAUGAAUUAUCUUUAGUUUGGAUCUCUAGCAGCGGUGAAAAGAGUUUAAAGUUAGCUUCAGUGUCUAGAAUCAUUCCUGGGCAAAGAACUGCUGUUUUUCGACGUUAUCUUCGUCCUGAAAAGGAUUACUUGUCCUUCUCUCUCAUAUACAAUUACGGAAAAAGAUCCCUUGAUCUGAUCUGUAAGGAUAAGGUUGAGGCAGAGUUCUGGAUCACUGGCCUAAAAGCUUUGAUAUCUUCUGGACAAGGUGGACGCUCAAAGGUUGACGGUUGGAGUGAUGGAGGCCUCUACUUUGAUGAUAAUCGAGAUUUGACAUCAAAUAGUCCAAGUUCUAGUUCUGUUAGUGCUACAAAAGAAAUUAGCUCUCCAGACGCUUCCUUAAGUUCCAACCCAAAUACUUCUCCUAAGAGCUAUCAACCUUAUAACUUUGUGCAGUCUGAAAGGUCACAUGUAGCUUUGGAUCAAGCAAAUAUGCAGAACAUUCAAGCCAAAGGAUCUGCUUCAGACGUGUUCCGAGUUAGUGUUUCCAGUGCCCCCAGUACUUCUAGUCAUGGUUCUGCACCAGAUGAUUGUGAUGCUUUGGGCGAUGUUUAUAUAUGGGGUGAGGUAAUAUGUGAUAAUAUUGUCAAGGUUGGACCUGAAAAAAAUUCCAGUACGGUGAGUACAAGGGCAGAUGUGCUUGUUCCAAGACCACUGGAAUCCAAUGUAGUUUUGGAUGUUCAUCAUAUAGCUUGUGGGGUCAAGCAUGCUGCCCUUGUCACCAGGCAAGGUGAAAUCUUUACAUGGGGUGAAGAAUCUGGUGGCCGACUAGGCCAUGGUGUUGGGAAGGAUGUCACUCAACCUCGGUUUGUUGAAUCAUUGUCCCUUUGCACCAUUGACUUUGUUGCAUGUGGUGAGUUUCACACCUGCGCUGUUACAAUGGCUGGUGAAUUAUAUACUUGGGGGGAUGGCACACACAAUGCUGGGCUUCUAGGUAAUGGCACUGAUGUCAGCCACUGGAUUCCAAAGAGAAUAUCAGGCCCUCUGGAAGGACUUCAAGUUGCAUCAGUAACAUGCGGUCCAUGGCAUACUGCUUUAAUAACAUCAACUGGGCAGCUCUUCACAUUUGGGGAUGGAACAUUUGGUGUUUUAGGCCAUGGUGAUAGGGAAAAUGUAUUGUUCCCCAGGGAGGUGAAGUCUCUGUCAGGUCUGAGGACGAUUGCUGCUGCAUGUGGAGUAUGGCAUACUGCUGCUGUAGUUGAAGUUAUCGUGACGCAGUCUAGUGCUAGUAUUUCAUCUGGAAAAUUAUUUACUUGGGGAGAUGGAGAUAAAAACCGUCUUGGACAUGGUGAUAAAGAACCUCGACUGGAACCUACUUGUGUACCUGCACUUAUUGAUUACAAUUUUCACAAAAUUGCUUGUGGGCAUAGUUUAACUGUCUGCUUGACCACAGCUGGCCAUGUUUUUACAAUGGGAAGUACCGUCUAUGGACAACUUGGAAAUCCUUAUUCUGAUGGGAAGUUGCCUUGUCUGGUAGAAGACAAACUUUUGGGGGAAAUUGUUGAAGAUAUUGCUUGCGGUUCAUACCAUGUGGCUGUUUUGACAUCCAAAAAUGAGGUUUAUACGUGGGGCAAGGGAGCCAAUGGGAGAUUGGGUCACGGGGAUGUAGAGGACAGGAAAGCCCCCACUUUGGUUGAAGCUUUGAAGGAUAGACAUGUGAAAUAUAUUGCUUGUGGUUCUAAUUACACUGCUGCGAUAUGUCUUCACAAAUGGGUUUCUGGUGCUGAGCAGUCUCAGUGUUCAGCCUGUAGACAGGCUUUUGGGUUCACAAGGAAAAGGCACAAUUGCUACAACUGCGGGCUUGUGCAUUGCCAUGCAUGUACUUCAAGAAAAGCGAUAAGGGCAGCACUGGCUCCAAAUCCAAACAAACCGUAUCGUGUAUGUGAUUCUUGUUUUACAAAACUGAGUAAGGUUGCUGAGAUCGGAAUCAAUAACAGGAGAAGUGCCGGACCUCGCCUUUCUGGUGAGAACAAGGACAGGCUGGACAAGGCUGAUAUACGAUCAGCAAAAUCAGGAAUGCCACCCAAUCUUGAUUUGAUCAAGCAGCUAGAUAGUAAAGCAGUCAAACAAGGGAAAAAAGCUGAUACGUUUUCCUUGGGUCGUUCCUCUCAAGCUCCUUUGUUACAGCUGAAAGAUGUAGUUUUGUCGACCACUGGUGAUCUGCGUUGGGCAGUUCCAAAACCAGUUAUGAUCCAAUCGGGUGUUAGUUCCAGAUCUGUGUCACCUUUCUCUAGGAAGCCAAGUCCACCACGCUCAGCAACACCGGUACCUACCACUGCAGGACUUUCAUUCUCCAAAAGCAUUGCUGACAGUUUGAAGAAGACCAAUGAGCUUUUAAAUCAGGAAGUUCACAAACUACGGGCUCAGGUCGAGAACCUGAGACAUCGUUGUGAACUUCAGGAGUCGGAGCUGCAGAAAUCAACAAAAAAAGCCCAGGAAGCAAUGGCUUUGGCGGCCGAAGAAUCUGCUAAAAGCAAAGCUGCAAAAGAAGCUAUGAAGUCGCUGAUGGCGCAGCUCAAAGACAUGGCUGAAAGGUUGCCGCCUGGGGCUUAUGACGUAGAGAGCCUCAAACUAGCUUAUCUACCGAAUGGUUUGGACGCAAAUGGCAUUCACUAUCCUGAUGCUAAUGGGGAACGCCAUUCGAGAUCUGAUUCUGUCACUAGCUCUUACAUGGCCUCUCAAACCAGCAUGGACUUUAGUACAUAUGGAAUGCAAAGCCCCAGCAGAUACCAAAGGGAUUCUAGUAGCAUUGACGCUAUUACAAACAAUCAAAUCCUGACCUCCAAUGGUACCGAUGAUCGAGGUGAAGUUAGACUGCCUAAUGGUAGUGAGGCACAGGUGAACAUCAAUAGUGCAUCUCAAGCUGUUGAUAAUGAAGACGCUGAAUCUUUACAAGACAAUGCAAACGGAUUGAAAUCAAGAAAUUCUCUGCCUUCUGGCAACCCUAACCAAAUUGAGGCUGAAUGGAUUGAACAAUAUGAGCCUGGAGUGUAUAUUACCCUAAUGGCUCUUCGAGAUGGCACUAGAGAUCUCAAACGAGUUCGCUUCAGCCGCAGAAGAUUCGGGGAGCACCAAGCCGAGACUUGGUGGUCAGAGAACCGUGAAAAAGUUUAUGAGAGAUAUAAUGUUCGUGGUUCAGACAAGUCAUCGGUUACAGGCCAGGCUGCUCGGAGGUCUGAAGGGGCUCUCUCUCCAUCUUCCCAAAUUUAGAAAUUCGUUAGUAGAUCUGUAUUAGCAAUCUUUCUCUACUUUUUUUUGAUUAUUGUGGUGCGGAAUGCUCGUCAAAUUAUUGGGGAGGAGAGAGCCAAAACCCUUCACUUCCAUUCUGACCCCAUCCCACAAAUUCCUCAGCCUUUUUUUUGUGUUACUUUUUGGUUCAGUCUUAUUUCUUAGGAGGUUCCCCAUUUAACUUAUUUGUUGUUGUAUUGUAGUGUAAAUAAUAGUAUCAAUCAAUUAUAUUUGUUGCCCAA